CGAAGAAGAAUUCCCUGGACAAGGAGGCAACAACAUUCACAACCUGUUUCAGCAAACGUCGAUCCCCACGAAGGGUUCGGCGGGUUUCGAUCGUUGUUUCCAAAACCCCCCCCACUGAGAGGGGACUAGACUCUUCGAUCCCGACAAGCUCUCGCCACAUUGGGUUCCACGAUCUUCGAAACCAUGUCUUUCCCCGCAGCGGACUCGCUUCAUCUCCCGCGGCUUUUCUUCGCUUUGCUGCAGAGCGCGCUCUCGUCUCGCUUGGGAAUCUGGAGAAAUCAGGUACGGGGUUUCAUUGGGUACGCAAGAUUUGUGGGUGUGGAAAUGGAAAUGUAAAGUUGGGUCGGAAAGGUUUUCGACUUUCUUGGGUUUUGAGUGCACUGAAAGCUUGUGUUCUUGAGGGUCUUGUUGCAUUCGGCGAAGGUUUGAGUCACGAUUGUGUGAUUACUUUAGUUUGGACUGUGAAAACGAUGAUUACUUGGAGUGGUGUGAUGUCGGACUUUGGUUUUUGUUUCUUGAGCGGCCCUUCGAUGGUCCCUCGAGGAACUGUUCCCCAGCCGUGACGCUGUCGGUUGCAGGGUGUAUUUUAUUGCGAUUUCCAAAACAAUCGAAAAGUAGAUUGGCUUAGGUGGCGGAAUCCCCCGAAGUCUUAUUUGCUCGAAACUACGAAUUUUGCAUGGUUUCUUGAUUCUUAUAUAUUUGUGUAUUUGAGACCCCAUUGUUUCAGCUUGAUCCUGUUAUCUUUGGUUUUUUUAUUUUCUUUUCAUGUUUACUGUUUUUCGACAUUCGUUUGGUGCAGGUUUCUUUGGGAAAUUCGCAACAAGACUCAGUUUGCCAGGGGCUUCUUGCAGAUAGCAAAGUAUGGGUGAAAUCGAUACGAAACCGAUCGAACCAGUCCAAGUCGCGCUGUCCUUGUUCGGUGAGAAAGGAGAUCAUAGGAAGCAUCGUUCCGCCGGCAGUGACACAGAGACUGAUAAAGAGGAGCUGCAAGGCCUGCACAAGGAAUUGGCUAAUUACAAGGUGCAAAUUGAAGCCAAGGAAUCUGCCUACAUGCAAGCGCUCCUCAAGCUACAACAAUACAGUGAAAGAGUGGACGAACUUUCCUCUCAGCUGAUGAAAUCUGAGCUUGAGAGGGACAAAUAUGAUAGGGAAUGCAUGCAAGCCAGGACCAGUAUCAACAUGCUGGAGUCCAAGACCAAGGAAAUGGCCGAUCAGCUAUCAGAAACCGUGAAGAUCCGUGAGCAGCUUUCUCACGUAUUAAACGAGCUGAAGUCUGCCCAAGUCGAGUUGCUUGGGAUGGAGACCGAGCUUGCCGUCGAGAGAGAGGCACGGCUGAAGGCUCUAACGCGAACGGAGGAGCUGGAAGCUGAUAAUCAAAUAGAGAAAGGAAAGGUUGGAGUACUCCUAAAGCAUGUAGAGGAGCUCAAUGAAGUUCUCCUUAUGUCGAAGCAGGCCGCUAAGGAAGCUGAAAAAGAAAAAUGGGACAUAAUUUCUCAGAAAGAUGCCGAGGUAAAUUUAGCUACUGAUGCGGCGGUUCAAAUGCAGGAGCAGUUGAACAAUCUGAAAAAUCAACUGGGGAUGAUCGAGGACUUGGAGAACCAGGUCCUGGUGAAGUCCACGUAUGUUGAGUCGUUACAAUCUGAUCUCAGGGAAGUGAAGGAGCUGCUCAGUUCAUCUGAGAGGGCCACUUCCAAUGCCACAACCGACUUGGAGAAGUGGAAAGCGGAUUUGGAAGUGAAGAAAAGGGAAGUGUCAGACCAAGCUGCUUACAUCGAAGUGCUUCAGAUGGAAUUGAAUCAAAUGAAGCGCGAAAUGAAAACCGCGAAUGAAAGGCUUUGCCACAUGAGCUGCGAUCUUGAAACUCUUACCGAAGAUUUGCAGAACGCGGAGUCUGAGUUGAGUGAGAUGAAGGAAAACGAGACUGAAGCGCAGGUCGAACUGGCGUUGCUGAAAUCUCAGCUCCACAAAGCCCGGUCAAUAGUCGCAGCCGCAGAGGCAGCUGAAGUUAGAGCGGAUAGUGUUAAAUCAGGACUUUAUCUUGCAGUACAGCAGCUGGCGCUGGAAGCAGGCGAAGCCAAGAAAGAAUGCCAGAGGUUACAGGAAGAAGCUGAUAAGGUAUCUGAGGAGCCUGAAAGCUUCACGUUUGCUACCGCCCCAGUAGAAGUCAGUGCUCAGGAUGAGGAAAUAUUUGAAAACGCAUCAAGCGAAGUGGAAGAAGGUUUAGCAGACGAGAACAGCACCAACAUAACUAUUUCGCUGGAAGAGUACGAGUCCUUACUCGCCUUGGCAAAGAAGGCAGAUGAAAUGCGUACGCUGUCUGUGGAAGACUCGAAUCAGCACGCCGCAUGGGGAAGCAAGCAAGAAGUGGAGAUCCUGAAGAGAGAGCUUGAAGCGGCAAGCUCGAGGAUUGGCGAGUUCAGGACUCGGGCCGAACAGGCAGCCAGCCGGGCGGAGGCCGCUGAGAAUGCCAAAUCAGCACUGGAGGAUCAGCUCCGGAGGUGGCGGGAACAGAAGCAGAGGAGGAAGGCUGCAGUUCAAGCGCUCAGGGAGGAAUCAAUCUCGAGAGAGUUCAACCCUCCCACAUACGACAGUACUCCGACUUCGCAUAUUCCUCUUUUCAAGAUUCUUAACAUGAAAUUCUAGCCUCGGAAAGUCACAAAAGCUUGGUCCGAAUAAAAGUUACGAAGGGAAAUAUGGGUCUGCUGGUCAUAUGUAGCAGAUAAGUGCCACAAGUGUGAUUAUCUGAUAUGGGUAUCUAUGCCAAAACUUCAUCAUCAACAUUCUUUUUUCUGAAGAAGUGGAUGUUUA